UCGUGAAUCGUGAUCCGGUGAUCGUUCUUAUUUCUCUACUAUUCUCAACAUCUCAACUAUGGUCAGUUUUUUUAAUUAACCAUUAUUUUAAGUAUGUAAUAUAAUUAUUAACUUACUAGUAACAAUUACAAUAAUCGUCAAAACCAUGUUAAGACGAGCCUGUAGUUCUAUUUUAUCCGGAGGUGUUCGCCUUAUGCGGUUACAAAUAGAGAAUGUUCCAAGUAAAACUACAGGGUCUAAUCUAUUUAGUUCUGUGAAUAAGAGCUUUGCCAAUUUUGAAACAAAUAGGUUCUAUUCGUCCAUUUUAUCCUCCAGUUCUAAAUCUACUGAAAGAAUUUUGGACAAGAAUACAUCUAUUGUUCAUUCUAAUUUAAUGCUUAAUUUCAACCUUCAACAAAACAGGAACUUAACAAAAUUUUCAUUACAAAAAGGGAAAAGGAAAACCGUAAAAACAGUUGUUGAUCGAUUUUAUCGUUUAGGAUGGGGUAUAUGGAUUCGAACAAAAUGUGGACGACAAAAGAAGAUGUGGAAAAAACCAGCUGCUAGAAAACGAAGAUUGAGACAACACGUGUUUUGUAAUGCCAAACAGUCCACUCUUUUAGAUAAAAUGACAACAAAAUAUUGGAAAAAAAGAAGGUUUUAUCCAGAUGAUCCAUAUGAACCUUAUCACGAUAGAGAAGAAUUUCCAUAUACUAGAAAAACUCCAAUAUCUUAGUGUAAAACAAUAGUAAUAUUUUUAAAGUGUCAUAAGAAAUAUAGAAUUAACACUUCAUAAAUAUAUAAUAUACAUUAUAUUUAAAUUAAA